CAAAAGUCACUCAAAACUUGGGACCAGAAAAGGACUUGCAGUUACAAAAGAAAAGUAGCUGCGAAAAGAGCUGCCGAGAAGUCGGCAAGAAGGAAGUACCUGGCCGCAGGACUUUUACCGACUUUUCAGAUAUUUGAAAGAUGCUGGAUAAAAAUAUGGAAUUGAUUUUCCCAACAGUGAUUCUGUUCCUAGUUUUUGUUAUCCUUUUCUCAUUCCUAAAGAGGAAGAAGUCGCGCAGGCCCCCGUGCAUCAAGGGCUGGAUACCUUGGUUCGGUGCCGGCUAUGAGUUUGGGAGAGCCCCUCUCGAGUUUAUAGAGACUGCGAAAACCAAGUAUGGACCUGUAUUUACAGUCUUUGCUCUGGGAAAUCGAAUGACCUUUGUUACUGAAGAAGAGGGAAUUGAGGUGUUUCUUAAAUCCAAAAAAGUAGAUUUUGGACUAGCAGUACAAAGUCCCGUCUGUCGUACAGCAUCGAUUCCAGGAAAUAUCUUUUUAGCACUGCAUGAAAAACUCCAUAUUAUGCUGAAAGGAAGAUUGGGGACUUUGAAUGUACAUGAGUUUACUGUACAACUAACUGAAGAAUUACAUGAACAACUGGAGAAUUUGGGCACUCAUGGGACAAUGGACCUCAACAAAUUAGUAAGGCAGCUUCUUUAUCCAGUCACAGUGAACGUGCUCUUUAAUAAAGGUUUGUUUUUCACAAGCAAGAGGAAGAGCAAGGAGUUCUGUCAGCAGUUUGAAGUGUUUGAUCAAGGCUUUGAAUAUGGGUCUCAGAUGCCAGAAUGCCUCCUAAGAAACUGGUCAAAGUCCAAAAAGUGGUUCCUAACACUGUUAGAGAAAAGUAUUCCUGAUAUAAAAGCAUACAGAUCUGAGAAAGAUAAUUCUUUGACAGUAAUUCAGGAUGUACUGGAUAUUGUAGAGAUGGAAACAAAGGAUAAGUGUCCCAACUUUGUGCUGUUAGUACUUUGGGCUUCUCUGUCUAAUGCUGUUCCUAUUGCAUUUUGGACACUUUCAUUUAUCCUUUCUCAUCCUGACAUCCACAAGAGCAUUAUGCAAAGCAUUUCAUCUGUGUUUGGUGCAGCAGGUAAAGAUAAGAUUAAAAUCUGUGAGGAUGAAUUGGAGAAGCUUCUUUUAAUUAAAUGGUGUAUUUUGGAAACCAUCCGUUUAAGAGCCCCUGGUGUCAUUACUAGAAAAGUUGUGGAGCCAGUUAAAAUUUUGAAUUAUACGGUUCCUUCUGGUGACUUGUUGAUGCUGUCUCCAUUUUGGCAACACAGAAAUCCGAAGUACUUUCCUGAACCUGAAUUGUUUCAACCCGAACGUUGGAAAAAGGCAAAUUUAGAGAAGCAUGCUUUCUUGGACUGCUUCAUGGCAUUCGGAAGCGGGAAGUUUCAGUGUCCUGGAAGGUGGUUUGCUCUGUUGGAGAUUCAAGUAUUUAUCAUUUUAACAUUAUACAAAUAUGACUUCAUUCUUCUGGACCCGUUACCGAAGCCAAGUUUUCUACACCUGUUGGGUGUCCCUCAGCCAGAUGGGCAUUGCCGAAUCAAAUAUAAACAAAGAAUAUGACACCUGCUGAAGCUUUCAAAAGGCCAGAGUUUUCUGCAGAAAUGAUGCUACCCUGUCGCCUUCCCUGGCAGCACCUGGACCUGUGAUCUGCUACAGUAUACCACUCUGCUUUCUUUAAGAAAAUACUCAAAUGGUGUAGGGACUUGGUAUCCUCUUGACAUCACUGUCAGGCAUACAGAAACCUGAAUAUGUGUUUCAUCACAAAUAUUUAAGUGAUAAAAAUAUUGGGGUUAUGCUUCAUGCAUAACUCUAUUAAAACUGUAAAGAGAAAUAAUGUCAUUUAAAUAGAAGUCUUAGUACAUUAAAUUCAGUAUAAGAGCAAUAUACUUAAAAAUCAAAUCGUGAUUUCUAGGACUUUUCUCUUUCUUAAUGUGAUUCCUAAGUGAUAUUUGGUAUUCUUAAGCUCUAUUCAUAUAAUUCUUUAUUUUAAACAUAUAUAAUGCUGACAUGUGAAUAAAAUACUAAUUUUCUAAAA